AUGGACAUAGUAGACAAAAUACCUGGAAGCACUGAGAAAUUCACUGUGGAAAAAUAUAAAGAUGAACUUGGACGACCAUACAGUAGAGUCAAUCUAUACAUUUGCAACAUGCUUCAUUUUGAAGGAAAAGACCGACUGUGGAUUUAGAUAAUUACCUAAACAACAAUAUUUUCCAGAGAGAAUUGUUAUUUCAUUCUUUCAAAUUUAGUUGCCAAUGAUUUGGUUGAUGACCCCGAUGCAGAAACUGUCGAUCCUGUACAAGUUGAUACUUUUGAUGAGUAUUCUAUGCAAGGCACUCCUGGGCAAGCUAAUCCUGUUCAAGCUGAUCCUGAGGAAGAUUAUUCUGUCCAAGCUGAUCCUGAAGAAUCGUAUUCUGUUCAAGCUGAUCCUGAGGAAACUUAUUCUGUUCAAGCUGAUCCUGAGGAAGCUGAUCCCUUUCAGGCUGAUCCGUUUCCAAUUGAGUCUGCCCAAAUUGAACCAGUUCAAAUGCAAUUUUAG